UAGUAUUGUAGUCUGUUUUACACACACUAGUUAGCAAAAACAUGUCUUCCAAUAGUUGAAGUUGCUCAUGUACCAAACACUGACAACAUACAUACACACAAGCACAUGUUUGGUCACAGCAUAUUCACAUUUUUAUACACUUUUCCUGCAACUCCUCCAAUGCUGCUCUUUCAAGCAGAUCAACUUUUAGUGCAAUUGUCAGUCUUUCAAGGAAAGGACAAUCAUGAGUUUGAAAACUGCAUCUAAGAUAAAUUAACUACACUCCUUGAGCAGCUUCAACUGAGUUUGGUGCUUGGAUAAACAUGGAUGUGAAAAACUCUCUCCAAAUAGCUAGAACUGCUUCUGAUGCUUAUGAUGAUGAUGGGAGAGCCAAAAGGACUGGAACUGUGGGGAGUGCUGUGGCUCAUAUCAUUACUGCAGUUAUUGGUUCUGGUGUUUUGUCUCUGGCAUGGAGUACUUCUCAACUAGGAUGGAUUGGAGGGCCAGUUGCCUUGCUUUGCUUUGCAAUUAUCACCUAUGUUUCUUCAUUCCUCAUGUCUGAUUGUUACAGACACCCUGAUCCUGUCACUGGGAAGAGAAACUACUCAUACAUGGCUGCUGUUAGAAUCAAUCUUGGUGAGAGAAGGACAUAUAUGGCUGGUUUCCUUCAAUUCUUGACCUUGUAUGGGACUUGUAUUGCUUAUGUACUCACAACAGCAAAUAGUCUAAGAGCGAUUAUGAAAUCAAAUUGCUAUCACAAGGAAGGGCAUCAAGCUCCUUGUGGUUAUGGGGGUAGUUUGUAUAUGGUGAUGUUUGGAAUUGUUCAGAUUCUAAUGUCAUUCAUACCAGAUCUUCACAACAUGGCAUGGGUUUCAGUUGUUGCUGCAAUUAUGUCCUUCACAUACUCAUUCAUUGGACUAGGACUUGGAAUAUCCACAGUCAUAAAAAAUGGAAGAAUUAUGGGCAGCUUAACAGGAGUACCAGCUGCUAAUAUUGCUGACAAGUUAUGGCUAGUCUUCCAAGCACUUGGUGACAUAGCAUUUGCCUAUCCUUACUCAAUUAUCCUUCUUGAGAUACAGGACACACUAGAGUCUCCUCCACCAGAAAAUCAAACAAUGAAAAAGGCCUCCAUGAUGGCAAUCUUCAUCACAACAUUCUUCUAUCUCUGCUGUGGAUGCUUUGGAUAUGCUGCUUUUGGAAAUGCUACACCAGGGAACCUCUUGACAGGUUUUGGGUUUUAUGAGCCUUUCUGGCUCAUUGACCUUGCUAAUGCUUGCAUUAUUCUUCAUUUGGUGGGAGGAUAUCAGAUUUUCUGCCAGCCAAUAUACAGUUCUGUUGAUAGAUGGUCUUCAAGAAGAUUCCCAGACAGUGGCUUUGUGAAUAACUCCUACAAAGUAAAACUGCCUCUGUUGCCUGCUUUUCAGCUGAAUCUUUUCAGGUUCUGUUUUAGAACAGCCUAUGUGAUUUCAACCACUGGACUUGCAAUCUUGUUUCCUUACUUCAACCAAGUUCUUGGAGUGUUAGGAGCUGUAAACUUCUGGCCACUGGCUAUAUAUUUCCCAGUAGAGAUGUACUUUGUGCAGCAGAAUGUUGGUGCUUGGACUAAAAAAUGGAUCAUUCUCAGGACUUUUAGCUUUGCUUGCUUUCUUGUCACAGUGGUAGGCCUCAUCGGGUCAAUUGAAGGAAUCAUAAAAGAAAAACUUGGAUGAAAGAUGAAAGGUUUAGUGUGUGUUCGGAUACCAGUUUAGCAUAAUGUGAAUGGAAUCUCAUCGCAAUUCAUAAGAAAAGUUUAUGUCCACUUUUUGUCUAACUUCUAUUUUACCCAUGUCAACUAUAUUCAAACAUAGCCUUAUAAAUCUCUAAAUUGAUUGUAUAAUAUUUGUGUAAUUCAAUUUCAUGUUGAUGGUACGGUUGUUGAAAUUUUGAUAAGGGGUACACAAUUGGGGGAGGAUGCCUGAAGGUGAAAAAGGUGCUAGUCAUGGAAUAUUGAGUUUUGCUUGGUGCAGAACACCCUUCAAAGAGCAAGUUCUAAAAGAGAUGUAGUUUGCUAUCUGUGAUUGUCAAAAUCUAAAUUGUUGUUUCUGAAAACAAUAA